UGUCACUCCUCGGCCUUUUCGUCCUUUUCCUCGUGGGUUGUACACGAAAUGAAAUUCAGAGGACAGCUGACAGAGUUCCUGGUGGUGGGCCGGGAGAUGCCCACCGAGAGGCAGCCCUUACCACCCCUCUUCAAGAUGCGAAUCUUUGCCCCAGAUGAAGUCACCGCUAAGUCCCGUUUCUGGUACUUUGGUAACAGGCUCCGAAAGAUGAAGAAGUCUCGUGGAGAGAUCUGCAGCUGCAGGAAGAUCUUUGAGAAGAAGCCCCAGAAGAUCAAGAACUUUGGUGUGUGGCUCCGUUAUGACUCCAGGAGUGGAACCCACAACAUGUACAGGGAGUACCGUGACCUGACCACUGCUGCAGCUGUCACUCAAUGCUACCGUGACAUGGGAGCAAGGCAUCGUGCCCGUGCCCAUUCUAUCCAGAUCAUUCGAGUGGAAGAAAUCCCAGCAUCCAAGUGCAGGAGGCCCCACAUCAAGCAGUUCCUGAACUCCAAGAUCACCUUCCCACUUCCUCAUCGCACACAGCGACCCAACAAGCCCCUCUUCACCACCCGCAGACCCAGCACCUGCUUCAAGUAAACAGGACGUCGUUUGUCAAGUGCUCGUCAGCUCUCCAAGGAAUACAAUAAACUGUUCAUAUCAAAUCUUUGUUGUCCAUGGAUUGUUGAUGAAGGUAUCCCCAAAUACAUCAGGUUGAAGCAAAA